AUGGUCCGGCCCGCCGCCGAGACCCCCUCCACUUACCUAUGGAACUCGAACGUGGACCUCGUCAUCCCCAGGUUCCACACCCCCAGUGUCUACUUCUACAGGCCCACCGGCUCCCCUAAUUUCUUCGACCCCAAGGUCAUGAAGGAGGCCCUUUCCAAGGCCUUGGUCCCCUUCUACCCCAUGGCCGGCCGCUUGAAGAGGGACGACGAUGGCCGUAUCGAGAUCGACUGCAACGCCGCCGGCGUUCUCUUCGUCGUCGCCGAUACCCCCUCCGUCAUCGACGAUUUUGGGGACUUCGCUCCCACCCUCAAUCUCCGCCAGCUUAUUCCCGAUGUUGAUCACUCCCCCGGCAUUCAUUCCUUCCCGCUUCUCGUUUUGCAGGUGACCUAUUUUAAAUGUGGUGGGGCUUCCCUUGGGGUUGGCAUGCAGCACCAUGCGGCGGAUGGUUUCUCCGGUCUCCAUUUCAUCAACACAUGGUCUGAUAUGGCCCGUGGUCUUGACCUGACCAUUCCACCCUUCAUCGAUCGUACCCUCCUGCGCGCUAGGGACCCGCCUCAGCCUGCUUUCCAUCAUGUUGAGUACCAGCCUGCCCCCAGUAUGAGGGUCCCUCUCGAUCCCGCCAAAUCAGGCCCUGACAACACCACCGUCUCCAUCUUCAAAUUAUCGCGCGACCAGCUUGUUGCUCUCAAGGCUAAAUCCAAGGAGGAUGGCAACACCGUUAGCUACAGCUCAUACGAGAUGUUGGCAGGUCAUGUCUGGAGAUCCGUCGGGAAGGCCCGCGGGCUUCCAGACGAUCAAGAGACCAAACUGUACAUUGCUACGGAUGGGAGGUCAAGGCUGCGCCCGCAGCUUCCCCCUGGUUACUUCGGCAACGUCAUAUUCACUGCCACUCCACUGGCCGUUGCAGGGGAUCUGCUGUCAAAGCCAACAUGGUAUGCUGCAGGACUGAUUCAUGAUGUCUUGGCUCGCAUGGACGAUAACUAUCUGAGGUCUGCUCUUGACUACCUGGAGAUGCAGCCCGAUCUGUCAGCCCUGGUCCGCGGUGCACACACCUACAAAUGUCCGAAUUUGGGAAUCACAAGCUGGGUCAGAUUGCCUAUUUACGAUGCAGACUUUGGUUGGGGUCGCCCCAUCUUCAUGGGACCUGGUGGCAUUCCAUACGAGGGUUUGUCCUUUGUGCUUCCUAGUCCUACAAAUGAUGGCAGCUUAUCCGUGGCCAUUGCUCUCCAGUCUGAACACAUGAAACUCUUUGAAAAGUAUUUGUACGAGAUAUGA